CGCCAAAAGGUUAUUAUGCUGACUAGCGGGUGGAUGAAGGCGGCACGCCAUGUGCGCAGGAUGUUGGUGUCGGAGUUUCAUCAUCGGUGUAUGGAACUAAGUUUGUGGGUGAGCUCCGAGGAGUCGGUAUUGCACCAUGUUGUACAUACAGCUAUCCCCCCUAUGUAA